GAACCCACUCACCCAAUAUGGCGGCCACUGACAACAAGCCCCACGAGCAGGUUGACUGAAUGUGAGAUCUGGCCUCUAGAAAAAAGGUUAUCACCUAAAUGAAGAUUUUCUCCUGAAGAUUCAUAUGCAACAUCUGGGCCAAGCCCGCGCACUCCUUCGAGCCGAAAUACAUAUCAAUUUAUUUGGCAAAAAUUUUUACGUAUAUUGUGUUGUUACUAGAAACAAAAUUCAUACUCAGCCUAAAGAUUCAGAUAGCUACCGAGCGGCAGUAUCUGCCAACAGUAAUUGGAGUGAAGAGAAACCCUCAAAAACAUUAACCAUGUUGAACAAGGACAAAGCGAAGAAGAAGAAACCUGAUCUCAAUGACCUCAAGCAGGAGGUCGACAUGGACGAACACAAAAUCACUUUACAGGAAUUGUAUACGCGUUUAGGAACAGAUCCCGAGAAGGGAUUAACUCAAGCUCAAGCUAGGAAUAUUUACGAGAGAGACGGGCCCAAUUCUUUGUCUCCCCCAAAGAAGACUCCCGAAUGGGUCAAAUUCUGUAAGAACCUGUUCGGUGGUUUCGCCCUGUUACUCUGGAUAGGCGCCAUCCUCUGCUUCAUUGCAUAUUCCAUCCAAGCUGGCACUUUCGAAGAGCCUCCAGAUGACAAUCUGUAUUUGGGUAUCGUAUUGUCGGUUGUAGUUAUUGUUACGGGUUGUUUCUCCUAUUAUCAAGAAGCAAGAAGCUCCAAAAUUAUGGAAUCCUUCAAAAAUAUGGUUCCUCAGUACGCCACCAUUGUACGAGAAGGACAGAAGUAUACGAUUCCAGCUGAAGGCGUCGUAGUCGGGGACAUCGUGGAAGUGAAGGGUGGGGACCGGAUACCCGCAGAUAUCCGUAUCAUAUCCGCAUCCUCCUGCAAAGUGGACAACUCCUCUCUGACUGGCGAAUCCGAACCCCAAAGUCGAUCCCCCGAAAUGACUAAUGAAAACCCCCUAGAGACCAGGAACCUCGCUUACUUCUCAACGAAUUGUGUUGAAGGCACCUGUCGUGGCGUUGUGAUCAAUACUGGAGACCGAACGGUGAUGGGUCGCAUUGCUAACCUGGCCUCUGGUCUGGAGAUGGGUGACACGCCCAUCGCCAGGGAGAUUGCCCAUUUCAUCCACCUGAUCACGGGAGUGGCCGUUUUCCUGGGACUGGCCUUCUUCGUCACAGCCUUCAUUUUAGGCUACCAUUGGCUGGACGCAGUCAUCUUCCUCAUCGGUAUCAUCGUCGCCAAUGUGCCCGAAGGUCUACUAGCUACCGUCACUGUAUGUUUGACACUCACUGCCAAACGGAUGGCUCUGAAGAAUUGCCUUGUAAAGAACCUGGAGGCUGUUGAAACCUUGGGUUCAACGUCAACUAUUUGCUCGGAUAAAACGGGAACCUUAACUCAAAACAGAAUGACAGUGGCUCAUAUGUGGUUUGAUAAUCAAAUCAUUGAAGCUGACACUACUGAGGAUCAAUCAGGUAUGCAAUAUGACAAAACUUCUAUUGGAUGGAAAGCCUUAUCAAGAGUGUGUUGUCUGUGCAGCCGAGCAGAUUUUAAAGCUGGGCAAGAGAAUAUACCAAUUCUUAAAAGGGAAUGUGCAGGGGAUGCCUCUGAAUCUGCAAUCCUCAAAUGUAUGGAGCUAGCUGUUGGAAAUGUGGCCGCCUACCGAAGUAAAUGUCCCAAAGUAUGCGAAAUUCCUUUCAAUUCUACAAACAAAUAUCACGUUACAAUACACGAAGUAGAAGAGAACAAUGAACGCUUUUACCUCCUAUGCAUGAAAGGCGCCCCAGAAAGAAUUCUGGAUCGCUGUGCUACAAUUUAUAUCAAUGGAGAAGAGAAAGUCAUGGAUGACGAAAUGAAAGAGGCCUUCAAUAAUGCAUAUCUUGAGCUUGGUGGUCUCGGAGAACGAGUCAUUGGUUUCUGUGAUUACGUUCUGCCGGCAGAUAAAUUUCCUCCCGGGUAUCCUUUCGAUGCCGACGAACAAAAUUUCCCUUUGUCUGGACUUAGGUUCUUGGGGCUUGUAUCCAUGAUUGAUCCACCUCGAGCUGCUGUGCCGGACGCAGUGGCCAAAUGUAGGAGUGCCGGGAUUAAAGUAAUUAUGGUGACUGGCGAUCAUCCUAUCACUGCCAAAGCCAUCGCUAAGGCCGUAGGUAUUAUUUCUGAAGGCAACGAAACUGUAGAUGAUAUUGCUCAAAGACUUAAUAUUCCUGUGGAAGAAGUCAAUCCAAGAGACGCCAAAGCUGCCGUAGUACAUGGUUCAGAAUUGAGAGAUAUGGCCACGGAUUAUUUGGAUAACAUCCUUAAGUAUCACACAGAAAUAGUAUUCGCUCGUACAUCACCACAGCAAAAGCUUAUCAUCGUGGAAGGAUGCCAAAGACAAGGAGCUAUUGUAGCCGUCACUGGGGACGGUGUCAACGACUCUCCUGCCCUCAAAAAAGCUGAUAUCGGUGUGGCCAUGGGUAUCGCAGGAAGUGAUGUCAGUAAACAGGCUGCCGACAUGAUAUUAUUGGACGAUAAUUUUGCUUCCAUCGUGACUGGCGUAGAAGAAGGUCGUUUAAUCUUUGAUAACUUGAAAAAAUCUAUUGCCUAUACUCUAACAAGCAACAUUCCAGAAAUUACUCCUUUCUUGCUGUUUAUAUUGGCCGACGUACCUUUGCCUUUGGGGACAGUCACUAUCCUCUGCAUUGAUUUAGGAACUGACUUGGUGCCGGCGAUUUCUUUGGCGUACGAGAAACCCGAAUCCGAUAUUAUGAAACGAAGACCACGUGACCCGCUUGUUGAUAAGCUUGUGAAUGAGAGGUUAAUAUCAAUAGCGUACGGUCAAAUAGGAAUGAUACAAGGGGCAGCUGGUUUCUUUGCCUACUUUGUAAUUAUGAGCGAGAAUGGAUUCCUGCCAGGACGACUCUUGGGUUUGAGAAAAGAAUGGGACUCGAAAGCCAUCAACGACCUUACUGAUUCCUACAAUCAAGAAUGGACGUACCACGAUAGAAAAAUCUUGGAGUACACUUGCCACACAGCCUUCUUUGCUUCUAUUGUCAUAGUACAAUGGGCAGAUCUUAUUAUAUGCAAGACUCGUAGAAAUUCGAUUCUACAUCAAGGAAUGAAGAAUCAUGUACUGAAUUUUGGUCUGGUGUUUGAAACGGCCUUAGCUGCCUUCCUAUCUUACUGCCCAGGCAUGGACAAAGGUCUUCGAAUGUAUCCUUUGAAGAUCAACUGGUGGUUUCCAGCCUUACCAUUUUCCCUCCUGAUUUUUGUGUACGACGAAACACGUCGCUUAAUUUUGAGGCGCAAUCCAGGCGGAUGGGUGGAGAGAGAAACUUACUAUUAAAUUAUUACCACAGGCCCCCGUCGCCCGGAACACCCAUCCAACAUCCGGUGGAACGGCGGCCGGCCUUCUUCAUUUAUGCGUGUGAUCAGCCAUUGCGUUGUAUGUGAUGUUCCCUUCCUGACAUUGGGUCUUCAUCACAUCAUAGUUCGUUCGUAGUUUGGUGCUUCAACGCCUGCCGAUGGCUGCCACAUAUGGGAAUAGGUGUUCUUCGGCGAAACAGAGGCGCUUAUAUACAUAUAUAUAUAUAUAAAAAUAUAUGAGACAGAGAGUGAGGGAGGAUUAUAUAUAUAUAAAUAAUAUAUAUUUAGGUUUGUUUUCAUUCUCUGCAAAACAUCAUAUAAAAUGUUUGUCUAACGAUUAAAAUUUAUCUAUUUUGGAAAGUAUAAAAAAGAUAACAAAUACUGCCGACGUUGAAGAAGAGUUUUGAUAUGAACACAAAACCUUUGCUUUCCUCGGGGUCAGCAAUGGUGGACUAAUUGAUCAUAUCAGAAGAAAAUGUGUGAAGACAGAAAGGUCAACGUUACUCCACUUUUCAGAAAUCGCGGACUGUGAUGGUGUGUAGGGCAUGAUAUGUAAUUUAAUUGUACUGUAUAUGAUCGUUUUCCCGAACCCACCCCAUUUACGAAAUCGUCCCUUUCAUUUUAAUUUCAAGGUUCCUUCAUUUCUGGUGUGGCCGUUUUCUAUAGAUUCAUGUGUUGAUAUAUGAAGUUCAUAUUUUACAUGAGGAAGACUUAAAAUGAAACCAGGAAAGGAAGACACAAGGAACUAAAAUCACACAUAUUUACCAUUGCCAUCAACAGCAGUAGUAAAUGGGAAAAAUUCCAUCUUCGCAAUUUUCAUUUCAUUCAAACGAUGUUUUGUUAGAAAUUAAGUGGGUGAUUACACGAAACUACAGAACGUAUUCUAUGAUUUUUUUUAAACUGGUAUAAAAUCAUUUUCAUUUAUUUUGGUUGUUGAAAACUGAAAUCGAAUCAUCGUUAUUUGCUUAAGUAGCCUGCUCUAGAAAUAAAGAGUAGCUAGUCUAUCAAUUCGCCACACUUUGUUUAUCAUAAUAAUGAUAAUUAUAGCCUUGAAACGUAAGAUCAAUCAAUUCCAGACUGCACACAACAUAAUAUGGAAAUUUGUGGAAAAAAAAUUAGCUCACUUGUAAAAGAAUAGCAAAUUUGUUUCUUACGUUUUAUUGGGAAACCAGGAUUAGAAGUUGACAAUGCAAAAUCUUCAGGCAAAGGUAGCUUCCUAGAAUGACUAUAGGCUAGGAGGAUGAAUUUUACAAUUUUUACUUUUAGCGGCAAUCUUCACUUGAUUUAGUCAAGAACGCUUAUUCAUAUUAUUCUCACUCCACGUAGUCAAAAGAGAAAGCCACCAAUGGGAGAAUGGCAAGAAAAGAACUGUAUUGUAGCUUUUUCCAUUAUUUGUCAGGAAAAAAAUAAUACAAUUGUAGUUUCUUAGAAAGCCAAGGGAAAUAAAUUACAGAUGUGAUAUAUGUGUUUUUGCGUAUAUAUUUCAUGCUGUGAGAUGAGGUUUAAAUUGCCAAUAAAAUGAUACAAGGACCAUUACUUUGUCGAUUGAAAUUCGCUUUGACAAGGAAUCUGAAAUUUUUCCUAUUUAUUCUUUGCUUAUAUGUUAAGCACUUUGAAAUAGUACUUGUAGUGGUCAUAAGUAGUAGGCACGCUGCUUGAGUCAAAAGAGGUGUAGCUUGUGACGUCAUUCCUCUUUCUCAAGUAGCAUGCUUACCACUGUUGUCAUAAUACAAAUAUAUAACAGAAUAAAAUGCUUAAAAGUGUUUAAAUUGAUCGCAAUAUUAUAGAAAAAUAACAAACUUUUUUUAUAUUUUAAUGUAAAGUAUGGAAUGAGGUCUGAAGGAAGCACAGAAAAAUCAAUUUCCAUUAUGUGCUUCAGUUUUUAUGCAACAAUUAUUAAUUUUAUUAUAGUUUUUAUUUAUUUAAACUUCCAUUAGCGCAGCUGUGACGGAAAUCAUCUAUUCACAUUAUUUUAUCAACACUUAUUCAUUAUCAGAAUUUUCACACUUUUUAGCAAUUUUUUUAUAUUUUCAGUUUCGAAAUAAGAUAUUCUUUUCAUAUGAAUUAAAGGAAACUGUUCGAUAUAUUUGAUUCGAACAUGUUUUUCUGAUAAUAUUAGUUGUAAAAAGAGCCAAAAACUAUUGGUAGGUGGAGUUUUGUAUAGUAUAGAUUCACUUUAAACUUUCAAACCUUAUCCUCUAUGUUAAUAAUAAAGGCAAUAAAUUUUCUUCACAUGAUUUUCAUUUGGUACUUUCUGACUUCAGACGUUCAAACUCUUUAUUUUUGCUACUUCACACGAGCAAAGUCGUUCAUUACUUCAAAAUAAAAGUCUAAUUGUCUCUUAAUAUAUUUUAUUUUGCAUGAUAUGUAACGUGUGAAAAAGUAAAACAUGAGAUAAAAAGAUAACCGUUUUGUUAACAUGAAAAGAUAACUAUUUUGUUGACAUAGAUAGAUAACUGUUUUGUUAACAUGGAAAAGAAACUUCAAUCUGACUACUCAGUAUUUAGCAGUUAUAUUCAAAUUUGGCAAAGCAUAUGGAUCUAUAUACUUUUAAUAAUUCUCUUAUAUUUUCAGAUAAUGCCAGUUAUAUGAAUUAGAUAUUAUAGACAGUUAUCCACUGUAUUUUAGUUUCUCCACUUUAAAAUAAAGCUCUAAAAAAUUGUU